AUGGUACAAGGACGAUGCCAUCAAGUUGGCACUGAAGCACACUCUCUACGAGUAUUAAGCAGUGGGUAUGCAGAGCCGAAAGAUGUGACAAUUGCAAACGGACAUCUGGGACACCACUGCACCAGUGACAGGCUAUUAUAUAACGCCGGAUUACAUUCCCACGUCUUGGGGUCCCAUACUUAACCGGACACCAACUCCAACCAUGCAACGUCCCUUUGGCGGCGCUCCCUGCUCUCCCGUAGGCAAACGUACAGUGCACGAAGAGAUCAUUAACAAUGUUCACAACUCUCGCCUUGUCGUUGUUCUCUUUGGUUUCAUGUGUACUCACUGUGCCACUGCCUGCGAGGGACGUGGUGGACCCGCCUAUCACGAGCCCAACUGCGAGCACUGUUUGGAAUGUCGGUGAGACUCAGACAGUAACCUGGAGCACUGCUAAUUUGCCAGCUAAUAUCACGAACCCCGACGGGAUGUUGGUGCUGGGAUAUGUGGCGAAUAACAGCGAGAAUCUCAUGUUGCAAUCUCCGCUUGCUACGAACCUUAGUUACUCGGUCGGACAGGCCCAAAUCACGGUCCCGAACGUUCCAACCGGUACUAAUUACAUCGUAGUUCUUUUCGGAGACUCCGGUAAUGCUAGCCCUCAAUUUGCGAUCAUGAAUGGCGCUUCCUCCGGGACGUCAGCAACUGCGACGUCACCCCCUGUGAUGACAUCGACGACACCCUCGUCUCCAUCACCGACAACCACGCCUUCAAAUGGAUUGCCCAACCAAGCAUCAUCUACGGGCCAAUCUUCGGCUCCUGUGGUGACGGUAACCAGCACCUCUGCUAUCACUAUUUCGCCUUCUGGGACGUCGUCUUCUUCGGCCUCUGCCUCAGCAACAUCCCAGGCGGCGGUCUCAUCACAGACAAAUGCAGCUGGGUCCAAGUUUGUCCCCAGCUCACAUUACAGCCUGUUUAUUUGUCUUGUACUGGCAUCACUUUUCGUUCUGUGAUGCCAGCUUUAAGCGCCAGCCCACUACUAUGAACUUUAUAGGAUCUCCCUAAUCCUUCGUGGUGUCGCAUGAACUUUCUCACGAACUGUUGGAUAAAGUCACGACUAUAAACGUUUCGUCAUUCACAACGUGUACAAUAUCUUUUACGUAGGGUUUUCGAAUUUGGGGCUAUCUAGCUACAAGUAUCCCAACACUGUCAGUUAGCUCGUAAACUCCACUGUACUACUACCGUUUUACAUAACCACAUACCACACGAAGAGGAACCGGUUCUGCGUGAAGUUGUGCAGAGCUAUCACAACCUAGUUUUCUGUCAUCUAAGUACACUACUCGUUAGCUUUGACCAGACGUAGAAGAUGAGUUCGGGAUAUUUGGUUGC